CAAAGAAGAUACAAUGGCAAUUUUAGAAGAAAUAUAAAGAUUCCGUCAUUUCGCGAGCGAAAACAACAAAACAUGUGAAAAGUAACAAUUCAAUUCAGAAUCAAAUGAAUUCGAGGACGAUGAACAAUUUGAUCAUAUGGAACAACAAGAGAAUUGCAACAAUAACACUAUUCCGCAACAAAGUCCGCAACAAAAACACAUUGGACAAUAACACAACUACAAGGACAAGAUCAGGAAGACAAAUCAAAAGACCAUCAAAAUUCAAUGAUUUUCAUAUUACUAAGCAGACAAACUUCAACGAAUAAAAUGCCUGGGCCUUGUAACUGCAUUGAAACAAACGUGUGUAUCUGUGGUACAGGAUGCAGCGGGAAGUGUUGUCAAUGUGGAGACGCAUGUAAAUGUGCAAGUGGCUGUGGAUGUUCCGGAUGUAAAGUUGUUUGCAGAUGUUCAGGUACAUGUGCAUGUGGAUGUGAUUGCACUGGUCCGACAAACUGCAAAUGUGAAUCUGGGUGCUCCUGCAAAUGACAUAAAGACAAUCACAUCACGCUCAAUAUAGUCAUACUUGUAACUCAUAUCAUUCAUAAAAGAAUUCGUGAUGUUCACUGAUAUCAAAUAAACAAACUUUUAAUAA